AUGGGCGCGAGCCAUCUUGAGCAAACCAAUGCUCUCUUCAGGAAAAAUCUUGUAAUCCAGAGGCGCUCCUGCAAGACGAACUGCUGUCUGAUCUCGUUCCCGCUGCUCCUCUGCUCCGUCAUCGGCGGCCUACAGAUCGCCAUCAACCACGCAUCGUCGUCGCAGGGAGAGGGAGGUGCUAUUCCUGCUACCCAUCUCGACUGCAGCUGCAGCAACGUCAGCGUAGACGAGAACGCGAUGGGAGGCAUAGAAUGCCCUUACCAGUACGAGUACGAGUGCCCGUUGCCUCGCGCGCCCAAACAGCCCCCUUUCCUCAAGAUCCCAAAUCCCAAGUACCGCGCGGUUCAAGAUGGCCUCUUCCCGUACACUGAUCUCCCAGAUGCGUCGUGCAGAGUCAAUGGGUCUUGCGCGGCAACAUUCCUUGUCACUGGCGACAACCACUCUUUUGUAGAAGGUGUGAUAGAUAACAUUUUCACUGCUCAUAGUUCUUCAGUGAACUUGUCGGCAGAUGUUUCUGCGUUGUCUGAUUUUGUUCUGGCAGAUUACGGAGGAUCUUUUCUUCAGAACAAGUGCUUCCCUAACUUGACACUUUCUUAUCCAGUUCAACAUGGCAAUCGUACCGUGAGUCAAGAUGUACAAUGCACAGAAGGAUUAGUGCUCUGGCGUGACAGUUCAAGGCUAAUUAAUGAUGAAUUAUAUGGAGGUUAUUACCAAGGGAAUAAUAACCAUAAGACCGACGCAAUUGCUGCAGCAUAUGAUUUCUUAAGUUCUGAUCAGGGCAAAUUCAACCUGAUCAUCUCAUACAACUCCACAAACUAUGGUUUUUAUGAUGAAUCAGAACAAUCUGUCCCUGCGCUUAAUAAUCAAGAACGUCCAGUGCAAAAAGCUAAUUCGGAUCAAGUCCCACGAUUAGCUAAUAUGGCCUCAAAUGCAUACCUUCAUUUAAAGGGUAAUGGUCUCAAUAUGUCAUUUGAAUUUGUUAAAGACAUGCCUAGAGCAGCUAUACCAGCUGCACACAAUGACCGACAAAAUAAGCUAAGGAUAAUGAUGAAGAUGCAUGGUCUUGGAGAUUUACCGUAUUGGACUAUAUCCUAUUGCUAUUUUCUACUAUUGUCGCUGCUUUAUGUGCUGUCCUUCAUGCUAUUUGGUUCUGCCCUUGGUUUAACAUUCUUCCGCCAGAACAACUAUGGCGUGCAGUUUGUAUUCUUUUUUGCUUACAUGAACUUGCAAAUUUCAUUUGCAUUUCUUAUGACAACAUACUUCUCUAGUGUGAGGACAGCUACUGUGACAGGAUAUUUGUACAUAUUUGUGUCUGGCCUUUUGUCACAAUUUAUAUUCAGAUCCUAUGUUGAAGAUGCUAACCUCUCAAGAAGCUGGAUCACACUUAUGGAACUUUUACCUGCAUUUUCCUUAUACCGCAUUGUUUAUGAAUUCUCACGAUUUGAACGGCUUGGAAAUUAUAUGGCCUUCUUGGGGAUUCAGUGGACUGAUAUGACUAAUCCAGAAAAUGGAUUGGCAGGUGUGCUUACCAUUAUGGUACUAGAAUGGUUCGUAUUCCUUUUACUUACAUUCUAUUUGGACCAUUUUCAUUCCUUCAAAGACGGAAUGAAAAAAGCAGCAGUAUUUGUUCGCUCCCGCAUAAAUGGGAACCAUGUUGAAACUGCUCAGCAGCAGAACAUACAACUUCAGGAAUUCAGAGCUUCCGUUGAAUUGGAGAGAACAGAUGUCAUCAAAGAGAGAGAGAUAGUUGAACAGAUAUCAGAAGAAUCUCGCAGAAGCUAUUCAGUCAUAUGCGACAAUCUUGAGAAAGUGUACCGUGGAAAAGAUGGAAAUGCAGAUAAAAUUGCAGUUAGAGGGAUAUCCAUUUCUAUGUCACGUGGACAGUGUUUUGGUGUUCUUGGUCCAAAUGGUGCGGGAAAGACCACUCUUAUUAACAUGCUGACUGGAUUUUGUAAACCUACCUCUGGCACUGCAUACAUUGAAGGGAUGGACAUACGCUUCGACAUGGACAGAAUAUAUACAGGAAUUGGUGUUUGUCCACAGGAUGACUUGCUAUGGGAGAACCUGACUGGUCGCGAGCAUUUGUUGUUCUAUGGCAGGCUUAAGAAAUUAAAGGGUGCAGCAUUAGCUGAGGCCAUUGAACAAUCUUUGAGAAGUAUGCACUUGCUUGCCGGUGGUGUUCCUGAUAAACUCGUGGGGAAAUACAGUGGUGGUAUGAAACGUCGUCUCAGUGUUGCUAUCUCUCUAAUUGGUGAUCCUAAGGUUGUUUAUAUGGAUGAACCAAGCUCUGGCUUGGAUCCAGCAUCAAGGAAAAACUUGUGGAAGGCUGUCAAGUCUGCGAAACAGGAUAGGACAAUAAUUCUCACAACACACUCGAUGGAAGAGGCUGAUGUUUUGUGCGACCGGAUCGGAAUCAUCGCAAAUGGUAGCCUGCAGUGCAUUGGGAGCUCCAAAGAGCUGAAAGACAGGUACGGAGGCUCAUGCGUGCUGACAGUAACAACUCCGGCCGGCGAAGAGGAGGAGGAGAUCGAGAGGCUGGUCCAGUCCAUCUCGCCCGCGGCCAACAGGGUGUACCGCGUCUCGGGAACGCAGAAGUUCGAGAUGCCGAAGCAGGGGAUGAAGAUCUCCGUGGUUUUCGGGGCCAUGGAGCAGGCGAAGAGCAGCCUGCACAUCCUUGCCUGGGGCCUGGCUGAUACGACGCUGGAAGACGUCUUCGUCAGAGUGGCCAAGCAGAGUGACAUGUCCACUGUGACCUGA